AUGCAGUCUGGCGACGUCCGGACGGCGUCGCAGACCCUCCGACUGCUCCUAAAGCUGGGUGCCAGCGGAGCCGUGGCGACGGCCGGGUUGCUGUUCCUGGUGGCCUCCAAGGGCGGCUUGCGACUCUUCUCUGCAGAUCCGGCAGUCCUGUCAGCAGUGCCCCUGGUGUCGUUGUCCUGUUGCAUCCUGCUGACACCUUUCGCCUUCUGCAUGGAGGGCGCUCACAUUGCCGCGCAGCGCCAGCAGUGGCUGUCUCGGCGCCUGUGUCUGCUUACCAGCUUCGUGGGCUUGACUUAUCGCUUCGCCAUGCCGGCAGAUGCCGGCCUGGCGCAGGUUUGGGCGGUCUUCGCUGCGUAUCUGCUCGCCCGCGGCAUUUGGUAUGCCUGGGGCCUGUGGGGCCCUCGCGGAGUUCUGACGAAGCCACAGCCUGCUGUUGAGUCGUAA